AUGAUUGAAAUCCCUCUAUGUCAAGAACUACGGCGUUUCGCUGUGGAGAAUCCUUCUGAACAAGCAACUGCAAGGUUCACCUGCUUCAAGGAAUAUUGCGCUGCCACUUUGCUCCCUGGUACAUGUGUGGUUAUUCCGUCCUAUUUCGACUUUGUUCGUGUCAGAAAUCAUUUUAAAAGAAUUGAAGAAAGUUUUGUAGCGUGUCAUGAAUACGCCCCGAAAUCCAAGAUUCUCAGAGCACGAGAUCUCUUUUAUCAUAAACACAAGAAAGUGCUCCUGGUUACCGAGCGGUAUUAUUACUUUAACAGGAAACCUUUGAAGGUUUGUCAUUAG